CAAAAAGCCUCGACUAAGAUCAUUGUCAGUCACUAUUCAUUCAAGAGUUUGCGACGGAACAGUCAAAGACUUUUAGGAAGGAUAAUAUCUUCGGUUUAAGCAUACGCGACAAUCGUUACCUAGCCUUCAUUUACGCAUUUGAGUUAUUUUUUCUUAAUUUAAAUAAUUCAUUGCGUUCACACUACUUGAUACAGUUUUAUCCUUUUUUUUAUCAAUUAUUGUUACCCAAAGUGAUAAUAUCAGUGGUGCAGAUAGACUGCCUUUUUUUUAAAUUUUAAUUUGUGUCGGUGGUUAUAACAUCAUUACAAAACUGGCGAAAGAACAGGAAACACUCAUGAAUUCUGCACAUAAUCGAAAAGCGCAUAUUCAUAAUCGAAAAAUGCAGCCAGCAGCAAGUCGAAUAUUGUAUGAUAUACCAUGCAAAGUGUGUCGCGACCAUUCUUCAGGUAAACAUUACGGAAUAUUUGCCUGUGAUGGAUGUGCUGGAUUUUUCAAACGUUCUAUACGACGAAACCGUCAGUACGUUUGUAAAGCUAAAUCCACGGGUGGUUGUAUGGUUGAUAAAACUCACCGCAAUCAGUGUAGAGCUUGUCGGCUCAAGAAGUGCAUUCACGCUGGCAUGAACAAAGAAGCUGUGCAACAUGAGCGAGGACCACGUAAUUCGACAAUACGUAGACAGAUGUCUUUGUUCUUCAAAGAACCUGGGAAACAUAUCAACUUGACUACUAAUAUAAUUUCACCACCACCGGUUGCUGUAUUGGAUUUGGCAUUACCCAAAAAUCCAAUUGAUCAACAUCGGACAGUAGUUGCAGGUCAAUACGGUUCUCAGAUGCAUAUCCAACUUUACUGUGGAAGUAUAGCCAUGCCACAACCGGACCAUUAUCCGGCUUAUCCUCCUGUCAAUAUACCGGUAAUACCAUCUACCCAAAUGAUAGUACUGUUUACUCCAGAAGCAACAUGUGAACACGCGGCACGUAUAUUAUUCCUCAAUGUACGAUGGACUAAAGAUCUGACAAUAUGCGCGGGUCUAACAAUAGACGACCAAUUAAUGCUGCUCGAGGCCUCCUGGCGAGACCUAUUUCUUCUCGCAGUAGCUCAGAUGUCACCGACACUAGAUCCAACUGCCCUGUUAUCAGAAGAACUCCGAAACUCCCCUUUAGCAUUAGAAGUUCUUCGUUUCCGUGAAGUAUUGAAUGCCAUUAACGCCGCUGCUUUGAACGCCCACGAGUUUGCAUGUGUACGAGCAAUAGUAUUUUUCUCAUCCAUCCUCGAAGAUCUCAAAGUCCAACCAAGUAGCCGUAACAGUGAUGGUUCAAUGUCACCACCCGUAACAGCAACUCUGGCACCUGGCUACCAUGCACGUGAUCCAGAAACUAUUGCACGGCUACGCGACGGCGCAUAUCUAGCACUUGGACAAAUAUUACACCAUGCAUCUUUUGGCGCAUUGAGAUUCAGCAGAAUAUUAAUGGUAUUGCCAUUUUUAAAAUCUGUAUCAAGUAGUGUCAUUGAAGAGUUAUUUUUCCGUCGGACCAUUGGUGUGAUUCCUAUUGAACGCAUCAUAUGUGACGUAUAUAAAUCACAAUAAUUUUAAUUAUGAUACUACACGGAGAAAUUAUUUUAGUUUAGCCAUAGUAAUUUUUGCAUAUGUUUAUUUCGAUUUCCAACAGUUGGCCAACAUAGUCCGGCACUACUAUGACAACAUAGCAUUUCAAACACUAAUUUCUCCGUGUAGAAGUACCGAGAUUCGCAAGUUUUUUUCAUUUUUUUAAAACAAAUUACAUUUUUUUUUUUUUUUUAAUAUUUAUGUAUGAAUUCCAUAUAUGAAAAUUCUGAAAAGUCAUUCAUAUAUAUAUAUAUAUUUUUUUUUUUUCUGUAAUUUUUUUUCCGUGAAAAAUGAAUUUUUUUUUAUUGUAAAAUGAAAAAACUUCGCUAGUCUGGUGCUUUUAUCGUCAUGUAAUAAUUACACCGAGAAAUUGUUCUCGUUUGAAAUGCUAUGGUGUCAGUAGAGUUGGACCAUGUUGGCCGCUUGACGGAAAUUGAAAUAAACACAUGGAAAAUAACUGUGGUCGUAGUAAAAUCGACAGUGGUUACAAAAAUUUGGGAUACAAUCGUGGUUUAUUUUACUGUGGCCAUAGUAAUUUUUGCGUGGGUUUAUUUAAAUUUCUGCAGGUGGCUGGCAUGGUCCGGCUCUGCUAUAAAACUUUAGAAAUUCAAACAAGAAUAAUUUCUCGGCGUUCAUACAAUUUAAUUUAAUAUUAUUAACAGUAUUAUAAUUAAAUUGUAUUAAUUAUUACUUUAACUUAUUUUAAUUUAACGUACGUCAUUAAGCUCUUGGAAAAAUGGUCUGAUUAGUUUAAAUAAUUAUAAAAUAUAAGACUAUUUUUAAACGAGAAAUAUUUAAAAAAAUGUAUAGAUUACAUACAUGUAAAUAAUUACUGUAAAUAAUUGUUGAUGAUAAUUAUUGAUUAAUCAAUUUUAGAGGUUUAAAUAACUGUGAUGUUUACAUAUCACUAGUUUAAUUAUAAGAAUAUGUGGCUUUUGUUUCGAUAUAUUAUAUAGAGUUAUCGAUAUUUUUAAUUAUGAUAUAUUAUUUAUAUAAUUUUAAAGGCUUGAGCAAUAAACUAAAUGGCUAAGUUUAAAUACUAGGCUAUUUUUACAUUACAUUUACGGAUUAACUAUUUGUAAAUAUUAUUCAUGGCGAUUACGAAUUGUUUAAUCGUAUCUUUAUUGACUAAAAAGUAUUUUUUGUGAACAUUUUUUGUUUCAACUCAAAAUUUUAUGAUUUAUGUCAAUGUUAAGUUCCAAUCAAUUUGAGCGCAAUUCAAUUUCAUGUGAAGAUUUAAAAAAUUUUUUUAUCAGAAUAUUAAUAUCGGGAGGACGUUCAGAAUUAAAAAUUAUUUUUUAAAUUCUGAAAAGUAAAUUUCGUUUGAAAAAAUCAUUAAAAAUUUAUUUUUAAAAAAAUCGCAGGAAAAAUUAUUAGUAUUCAGAUUUAUAAAUUUUGACAUUUUAAAAAAUGAAAAUUACAAUAAGCUGGUAGUCAUAAAUUUAUAUUGUCAAAGUCGUGACUUUUUAGAAUGUUAUAGACACUUUCAAGUUCUUGACUCACGCUAAUACAAUUCUCUGUUGUAAUUUCUACACGACAUAUUUAAGAUAAAAGACCUUUAGUACCUGAUCAAUGAACCAGUACCCGAUCACUUUAUGUAUGUGUAUUUAUAUUUAGUAAAUUUUACUAAUUAUAAAUAUACAAAUACAUGAGCGAUCAAGUACCAGUUCUCUGAUCGAGUACUGGAUGUCUUACCGUACACAGAAAAAAAAUAUUUUUUGCCACAAAAAAUCUUUACUCGUUUAAAAAAAUUUUUACUUGUCCUCGGAAAUUUUUUCCAUGAAUUGAAAACCAAAAUAUUCUUGGAGUGAAAAAAAAAUUUUUGGGGUGAGAAAAAAUUUUUUUGAACUAACCAAAAAAAAAAAAAAAUGUGGAACGAGAAAAAAUUUAUAGAUCUCAGAAAGUUUUUUUUCAUUUCAUAUUGAAAAAUUUUUCUUCCUCUAAGAAGUACUUUUUUUUUUUUUUUAAUAAUUUUGCUGUCAGUAUUUAAUUACAGAAAAAAAUUAAUUAGUUCUUAAAAGAACUUCUAUUUGUUUAUUAUCUUUACAAAAUUUUGAAUAUUUUUUUUUUUUUACUUAUUUUUAAUAGAAAUGAUUUAAUCUUGUAACAAAGAAUUGUAUUAAGUCAAGAGCUCGAAAGAAUCUAUGACUUUGCGAUUUUGACAAUAUACUUAUUUCUACUUAUUUUUUAUCUUUCCUUAAAAAAAUUAUUGAUUUAUCAGUUAUUUUGAACUUCUAAACUUUAAUUAUAAAAAUUCUCAAGAGUAAUUUUCUAUAGUAAAAAUGAUUUAAAAUGAUAUUUUUUAAUUCUGAUCGUCGUCGCUCGUAAUGAUUCUCUUGAUGUUAUAUUCUGAUUAAUAAAAUUUGUAAUAAAUGAAAAACAUUUUUCUUCAUUCGCGUUCAAAUUGAGUGGGCUUGGAAUAAAUCGUAAAAUUUUGAGUACAAAAAAAAUUUUCAAUAAAAAAUAUCACUAGCUAAAUAAAAUAUAUAUGGACAUUUAUGAACGAUUAAAUGUAUGUGUAAAACUCAUUAUCACAAGUUUCAUUGUAAUGUUAUAUUGUAAAAAAAAAAAUACGUUUAAACGAUUGUGAAUAAAAUACGACAAUGA